AUGAAUGCCAUGCAAUAUGGCAUGAUACACACAAUUGAGUCAUGCGGCCGCACUCUCUUGGAUACCAUCAACAGCCUGCUUGAUUUAAAUUUCAUCGACAAUUAUCAGAAGAAAUCAUCCCGCCUGAGCAGAAAUCGAGAGGCCGAGCAGCCUAAGAUGACUUUCAGUUCGACAGAAGGAGGUCGCGUGCAAAGUAAAGAUCGCGGUGAAGCGACUUCGUCCUCACAUGUCAAGUUGGACGAGGUGCUCGAGGAGGUCAUCGAAUCCAUUUACGCCGGAUACAGCUUCUACACCAAAUCCAAUGCGCCGCCUCCAGCGUUGACUGGUCCAUCUACGCGACCGGCUAGCCCAGCGAACGCAUUCGAUCAGGUAGGCCCGAAUGCCAGUCAGAUUACGAUCAUCUUCGACAUAGAGCCAGAGACGAAAUGGGAUUUCCUCACACACGCCGGUGCUUGGCGCCGUAUACUGAUGAACAUUUUUGGCAAUGCGCUGAAGUAUACUUCUUCAGGCUAUAUAUAUCUUGGAUUAAAAUCAUCUCGAAGCCGCGCUCCCCCAAGCCACACGGGAUCGAUUACCGAAGCGCCCGGUGAGCAAGUUGAUGAAUAUGAUGUCACUCUUACCGAGAAUUCAAUGGCACCUGGUAACGGGCUGGGGCUGAGCAUCGUUCGUCAGGCAAUUGGGUCCCUGGGGGGGUCGAUCGAGAUCAAUUCUGCCAAGGGAGUUGGCACUGAACUGUUGGUACGGGCUCCGCUCAGCCGCUACCCAAGUAAAACGGAUAACCUGCCGGACUCGCUAUUGGAUACCCUGCAAAAACAUACCAAAGGGAAGACAAUCGGUUUCCUAGGCUUCGGAUCGUCUCUUCGUUCUCAAAGAGAUAUUUCAUUGUACUCGGCAUUGGAGCGUUUGUGUUCUGAGUGGUUUGGCUUGAAAGUGACUUCUGUAUCUGCUCUGGAAGGGGAAAAUUUUCGUUUCGACUUCUACAUAGCUGUGCAGACGGAGCUGGACUCUGAGGAUGUCGAAAGAAGAAAGCUUCUCGCCAGCUGUAAACAUUUCGACAACGAAGAUGGUCGGAGCUCACCUGUUGUGGUCAUCUGCCAGUCUCCUGGUGAAGCCCACAGGAUGUUUGUUGCGGCUGAGAAUCGGGGCGAAGCCUCAAGCUUCGAAUUCAUUAGCCAGCCUUGUGGGCCUCGAAAAUUGGCCCACGCGCUGGAUCUGUGCAUAAAGCGACAGCUCGGUCGAGAGUGCCACUCCUCGACUGGGGAGACGACUCGCUGGGUGGAAAUGCCAGAGUCCUCUCAUUUGUCAUUGGACGUGGAUAUCAACGAUGCACCCGAUGACAGGAUGAAAAUUGGCAAGCGAUCAACGACUGACACAAUUCCGAGCCCCGAGCCUCGAAUUAAUUCACCUUCGUCAAUCGAGGGAAGUCGAAGACUAAAUUCACGGGAUACCUUGCAACCCCCAUCUUCUUCGAACGAGGGGCAGGGAAACAUAGAAUCCCCCAAUCCAUCCAUCCUAUUAGUGGACGAUAACGAACUUAACCUUCAGCUAUUGAGUGCGUACGCGAAAAAAGGAGGUUAUAAGUACAUGACUGCUCGCAAUGGGGCCGAGGCAGUCGCCACAUAUGAGGCCUAUCCCGGCCAACUCCGGGUAAUUAUCCUUGAUAUCUCCAUGCCCGUCAUGGAUGGCUUUGAGGCGGCCCGACAAAUCCGCCGCCUCGAGAAAAAGCAUCGGGCCGCAUUGAGUGAGUCGGCACGACAGGCAUUGCCGCCCACAAUCAUCGCUGCUUUGACAGGACUUCACAGCCUUGCGGCCCAGAAAGAAGCUUUCAGUUCCGGAAUGGACACUUUCGUCACCAAGCCGAUUAAGCGAACGGAUUUGUACGCCGUUAUCCAGAGGGUGCAAGACAACAUCUAG